AAGAAGACCUUCCAAAUGUGCAUCCAAAUAAAGUCAACGUUGCUGAAUUCCUGAUCUCAUGGGCUAAUAUCCUUCCAUCAAGCUAUUUCAUGGAUGGUGAAGAAAUUCAUGCGAGCAACUUUUCAGAAAAUGAGUGCUUUAUACCGGAUGAAAUGGUGUCUGAAUUGGAGGGACUGUGUAGGGCCGAUUCUUUGAAGUGUGAGGAAAAUGAGGAUGAUCCUACCUCAAAAAGCAAUCUCUUGCAUGGUAUUCCUGAUAAAACUAAUCUUGUCACACUCAAGAUCCUUAAAGAACAUACUGAGAAGGAUGAUAUUGAACACAAGUUGCACAAUUCCGUCUUUAAUACUUUGCCAUUACCAACAAAAGUGAGACCUGAAGUGAUUGUAGAUGAAGGUGGAAAUAUCAUUAGCCCGUUGCAUUUUAAAUCUGAUGUUGUUCUGACUGUCCAGGUGUACGAUCCAUUUCAUAGGGGCGACAACCGAGCCCAAAUGGAUUCAGAAAUGCUAGUGUGUGGUCGGCAGUGUUUGACUGAACUACGUGAUGUGAUCAUGUGUCCCAAAGACUUCGCAAUAAAUGGCGAAUUUAGUCACAACUUGGACCUUCCAAAGGACAUCUCUGCUAAGGACCUGUACAAAUCAGGCUAUUUUUUCAUCGAAGACACAUUCUAUAACGACAUGAGAGACCCAACGAAUCGAGAUUACAGUGAGCUCAUCACAAAAUGGGUGAGAGAAAGAGAUAGGGGACUUGGUCCCUAUGAAACCAGACUAAUGGAGAACACCACAUUCCUGGACCUAACAAUUCAACUCGGGAAACCCUAUGUCUAUGUACACCAGGGCGACUGUGAACAUCUUCUCAUCUUCACAACAAUAAGAAUGUUACACGAGUCAGACAGCCACAAUGCGUCCGAUUAUCCGCUCCUGCUUAAAAGUAAAAUCAGAAGAUGUCGCAAGUGUCGCAUUUGUACAGCGUUUCGUGCCAAGUGGGUCAUUAACGGGAGCCACCUACUGCCGGAGGAUCCGUGUUUUUUGUGUGAACCUUGUCUAAAGCUCUUGCACUACGACGGCUCUGGGCAGAAGAUGGGAGACUUUACUGCGCACGUUCUGGUGGACCACUCUUUUAAACAUUUGCUGAAAAAAUCAUGAGCAUUUCGAAGUGCGAUUCAAACUGACUUCAGUGUAAAAUGGGCUGGACUUUGAACCUUUAAGUUUAACAAGUUAAAUUCUGUGACGGAGCAUGUAAUAGGAGAAUCGACUGAGAUUCUAUGAGCGGAAAGGAACAGCUUUCAAAUGACGACACAAGUUUUUGCCCUUUGGUAGUACCAAUGCCGUGUAGGAUUCUUAAAGGGAUACUCCACUCAUUGAACAAAAAACUCACAGUUGGAAGCCAUGGCCUUAGUACAUGAAUAUGUGUUUUCAAAUGUUGACAAAAUUCAUUCCCUAGAUGUUUUGAGCAGUUCUGUCAUACAUUGUCAUACACACGACAAAAAUCCAAAAUCCAUGGGAGCUGCCAUUGAUCUAACUUGUGAUGUCACUAGUGCUUUGUGAAUAUUCAUGCACAACACUGAAUAGGCCUAGGUCCUAAUGUCAUUGAAAUUAAAAUCAUUGCGUAAUGAGGAACAAUGAUGACCAUGGUGCAUGAAUAUUCAUACAGCACAAGUGACAUCUCAAGCCAGAGUAAUGGCAUCUCCCAUGGAUUUUGUCAUAUUCGUAUCAAAUUGAAUUAUAUUGAAAUUUGAGAAUAUGUCAACUCAGACCAUGAGCUACGAAUUGUAGGGUUAUUGCAUUUUUUUUCAAUGAGUGGUGUAUCCCUUAAGGUUAAGUUUGUCUUAAAGGGCUGUCAUGGUUUCCUAAAUAUUGCAUCAGUUGGUUUGCCUCACUGACACCAGGGGUGCCAGAAUCUCACAUAGUGUACAUAGAAAUGCAGACUAUGAAUAUAUUACCCAGACAGGAGUAUCCCUUUAAAAAUCAUCAUUCUUUUCUACUAUACAUGUACUAUCUUGAUGUAUCUAUUGUAUAUAUCUUUUGUAAAUAAA